AUGCUCAGCAACAGAGAUAGCACCGCCCUUCAGAAAACCUAUGAUUCAAGUUACCUAAGUUGUUCAACGGCUGUGUAUUAUGAAGGCCAGGGCGAUGAGAGCGAGGCUACUCGACAUUGGAAGGCCGCACUUCGACGCAUAAAUGAAUACUACGCGUCGACAAGCGCACCAAGAGUCUCCGGAACAUACACCGAUACGGAUGCUGCCUUGAUAGACGCGGUGAAAGAGCUGGAGUUACAAUGCAAAGAAAGAAUUGAUCUCUUGGAGGCGCUGAAGUUGUCCAGGCAAGACGGCGUCGCUUCGCCGUAUCGUGACAAUACCGCACAAGCCACUGGCAGCUCCAGCCAGGUAUCGGGGACCAUAGGGCAAGGCUCUAUCCCUGCGGUAACAUAUUCCGAACUUUCACGUCCUUCGUUCUCGACGAGGAAUUCACUUGAGGCAAUGACGUCAUCUGAAGAAGCGAUUAGGAGGAUCCAUAGCACCCCUGCCGAUUCAACUCAACGAGUUGCCUACUCGCUUCCCACUUCGAGAACCCCAGAUUUGCCUGAUAUGCGAAGCGACAAGGCGGCCCGGGCUCCAAGCCCUGAGAAGCGUACUAUGAGGACUACACUGCGAUCCAAGAAGACCAGCGAUCGAUCAUCUACUCCUCGUAAAUUGAACAGGCCUGCAGCGGACGGGUCAAGCAAGGCCGCGACCAUUGCGUGGAGCACUUCCGGAUCUCGAGACAACUUCUUAAAUCCCUUCUCUACUGAAGGACGGCUAUCAAAAUCAACCCCUACUCCGCGUCAGUCCCUGGAUCGCAACACCCCCGGUUCGCAGAAAUCAACGAUAUCAUAUGACUCGAGGUCUCAGCGUACAUCGCCUCAAAAAUGGAACAUGGUUCCUUUGUCUGAUGAAUCUCGUCUCCCACAACCUUCGGUUCUGUCUAUUAGCGCAGCGUCAAGUGCUCUGACAUCUUCGUCCAGCCAAGAAGCCUCCGCGUCAUUUCAAACUCCAAGUAAACCAGAGCAAUAUGCAACCCCCCGGAAGCCCCCUGUCUUUGAAGAUGUGUCAGUUCAAAGUAAGAGACCAAGUGCUAAGGCUGGCACUCCGGAAAUGUCUGGAGGACAAAGGGAAUCCAGUACUUCCAGGAGUAAGAGGAUAGUUAUGGACAGUCCGCUUUUAUACAAAUACGACACAGAACGAGGGGAUCGGUACCGGGACGAUGUAAGACGACCAUCCUCCGAGUUUGCUACUCUGAAUCAAGUUGAUAGCCGCUCAAGUGAAGAGACUGCCGAGGGUACAGCAUGGGGGGCUAAAAACGAUAAAACACCCAAGAAAAUGACAAAGGCAGCCAUUCUCAAGAAUCUGCCGCCUGGGAUAGACGAGAGCGCUGCGAAGCAAAUCUUUAACGAUAUUGUUGUACAAGGAGACGAAGUUCACUGGAGCGAUAUUGCGGGCCUGGAGGUUGCGAAGAAUUCUUUGCGGGAGACUGUAGUAUAUCCAUUCCUACGCCCCGACCUGUUUAUGGGCCUACGCGAGCCGGCUCGCGGAAUGCUCUUAUUUGGACCGCCGGGAACUGGAAAGACGAUGCUGGCUCGCGCAGUUGCCACCGAAUCCAAAUCCACCUUCUUCUCCAUAUCUGCCAGCAGUCUAACAAGCAAAUAUCUGGGAGAAUCAGAGAAACUAGUGAGAGCGCUCUUCGGUCUCGCUAAAGCGCUUGCUCCUAGUAUCAUAUUCGUCGAUGAAAUCGAUUCACUGCUAUCUCAUCGAUCGGAUGCUGGCGAGCAUGAGGCGACUAGGAGGAUCAAGACCGAAUUCCUUAUCCAGUGGAGUGAGCUCCAGCGAGCCGCAGCCGGCCGAGAGGCGGAUAGCAAAACGAGCACGCGAAAUGAAGCUCAAAGAGUCUUGGUAUUGGCCGCAACGAAUCUACCAUGGGCAAUUGAUGAGGCCGCUCGGCGACGGUUUGUGCGCCGACAGUAUAUUCCUUUACCGGAGCCCAAGACGCGGGAGACACAACUGAGAACAUUACUACGACAACAAAACCACAGCCUGUCAGACGAAGAUGUAGAGCAACUUGUACAAUUAACGACUGGGUUUUCGGGAUCCGACAUUACAGCUCUUGCCAAAGAUGCAGCCAUGGGGCCACUUAGGUCUCUAGGCGAGGCCCUUUUGUAUAUGACAAAGGAGCAAAUACGGCCCAUGGAUCUCUCAGAUUUUGAGCAAAGCUUAAAAUCCAUUCGGCCGAGCGUAGACCAACAAGGCCUACGGGAGUACGAAGAAUGGGCCGAGAAAUUUGGCGAGCGUGGUGGUUAA